UCGGUCGGUCGGCGCGGGAAGUGGAGGGGAGCUCUUCGAUCAUCGGCAUUACUGGCCGCCCUCGUGCGUCCUCGUGUCCCGUCGGUGCGGCGCGGCGGCGAUCGGCUCGCUUCGUGCGCCGCCGCCAGCCCCGCUCAGUCUCGCACCAGCUCGCGCGCGCCACGGAUCUGCGUUGCGUCUCGGCCCGCGGCCCUCUCCUCGGACUCCGACUACGUACCCAGUGGCGGUGAUGGUGUAGGCGCGCGGAAUACGGACGGGUAGAUCCGUGCUACCUAUCUAACUUGUCCAUCUGUCCGCGCCCGCGACGACGCGGCGUCUCUCCAGGACGCCGAGGAGCGUCUUAGGUUGCCGCGCCCGCCCGCGCGCCGUUGUUUUUCCCCGUCGCCGUCGCGCCCGUCGGUGCACGUCGCACUUGUCCAUCGCGUCCGAGAGGAUACAUUCUCUCUCUCUCUCUCUCUCCCCCGCUCUCUCGAUCCCUCGCGUCGGUGGUGUGCGCGCUUCUUGGAUACGCGCGGCCACGCAUGCACGCAUGGACAAGCAACGGCGACGCGGCACUGCCCAAUGAUGGCCGUGCCGGGCAUCACCGUUGACGUAGUGAUGUAUUAUUAGUGGUGCGCGUCGCGGGAAAGUGCCUCUGUGUGCCGCCGCUCUCGCUCUCGCGCCGUCUCGCCGCUCACUUCGCUCCGUAUCUCUAUUUCUCUCUCUCUCUCUCUCUCGACCGACCGAUAAAUAGCCGCGGAGUGCGUCGCUCCUCGCCGCCGUCAUCGGGGAAAAUCAGUGAUCGCGCCGAAGGGAAGGCGAAACGAUACGUUUCCGCACGUAUUUCGCCCCAAAGUUCCGCGCGAGUGAGAGUUCUCGUAUCAAGUGUGCGCCCGACAGUUUCUAGCUACAUAUAUAUAUAUCUCUCUCUCUAUCUCUCUUUCUGUGUGUGGAUUAUCGUUAUUUGGAUACGCUCGUAUUAUCGUAUUGGAUAUAUAACUGCAGAUCCCCGGCCGCCCCACGGCCCCACGCACGUUCGGCGGGCAACGUCGCCGUCGCCAGGACCACGGGACCGAGAUCGUCGCAUCCCAGCGCCUGGCGAGCUCUGCCCCUCGGAGGAGCCCCGUGAGCGAAGGGAAACGCGGAAACGGAGCGGGCUUCCCUCCGGCAAUUACCGAGACGAUCUUUCACGUCGCCCGGGAAGCGGAGCUCGGAGGAUAAGGAUCGACGAAUGGGAAUUUAUACGUCUUGAAUUCAAUCCUGUAGGCUCCACGCAUCAUUGUAUAGCCUGCACAACGAUCGUUCGACGCAUGGCACUGCGAUGAGCAAGAUGCAGAGACGAAGCCGGCGUAGCUCGGAGGUGGAGGUUGCGCUUAUGCGCCCUGUAAGCACAGCUGGCUAAUAGCCUCGGAGCCCGUCCCCGACACCCUGCAGCCACACCAGGUAACUUGACGGAAAAUUAUGAGAUGGCCGCGGCAACGCAGGGCUUCUGACUUGCUCCAUAGAUUAGCAGUUGGUGUGACAUGGAUGUGAGCUUCACGAACGUGUUAGAGGGGGCUCGCCAGUACUUCCAGGGACUGCCCGUACCGAGUACAGGUGGCGGCGCGGCCACGUCGGUGGAUCACAAUCUCCACUCGACAUCCUCUACGAAUCCCGCCUCGUCCACAUCGGCGAUGCACGAUCAUGAUGCGCCGUCGCAGCCGACUCAAUCAACUCAGUCAAUCUCAACUUCCGCCAAUAGCAGCAGCAACAGCAGCAACAACAACAAUAGCAGUAGUAAUGUCCAGGAGUCGAAUCGUUACUCCGCCGACAUCAGACCUUCGUCGUCCGUGGAGAGUAGCAAUGCGACUGUCGGAUCGAAUUUUUGGAACCCGCUCGUCGAUCCGUAUGCGCCGCAGCCGACCAGGGUCGAAGUCCCGGACACCAGGCCAGGCGACGAAGGCUCCGCCAUGGAACCCAGCUCCUCUUCCUCAGGCAUUGUCACCUUAACCGAGAUGCAGCCCUCAAAUUAUCAGUCGUCCUCCUCCGUUGCCGCGUCAUCGUCGAAUUUCUCGCAGAGACCGCUACCGACGUCAUCGUCGUCAUCAUCGUCGUUGACCACGUCCUCCAGCGAUCACAGUCAUCAAUCUCACCUCUCGGCGUCGAGCUCGUCGUCGCAUUUGCAUCAGAUGCAACCCCAGCCGCCACGUUCCCCCGGACCGGUGUAUCAACAACUUAGUAAUGUCAGCAGGACGUCCUUCGGUACGGCAGAGAUGCUCGCCUCUUCUUCGUCGCACGUCGCCUCAACCUAUCAGCCUGCCAGUAACGACAGGCAGUCGCAGCCGAUCGUCGCGCAAAGAACUCAGUACUAUCCACGUUACCAUCAUCCAGACAUCACGAAAUGCGCACCGGCCCCGUACUCGCAGAGUUCCAUUUAUCAGUCCGCUAAUGUGGCGCAGCCCUCGAGCAUGGUCCAGCAACCGAGCACGAGACCGACGCCAAUAGAGCAGAAUAAUACUACGACAUUGUCCAACGUCGUCACUCAAGGACACUGUCCGUCGGAGCAGCAACGAAUAUCUGGUACUUACGGUAGCGUACCACUCGCGCAGAAUUCUCUCGGCGGAUCCACUGUGUACGGAUCCGGCGCCACCUCUUCAUCCCCUCAAAGUUACCGUUCCACGAAUCACUAUCAGCAGCAGGUCCAGCGUCUGGCCAUUUCCGCUUCGAGUGUGAGCGACAAGUCGCACAGCUCGGACGGAUUGCACUCUUCCACCGCCGCUUGCUCUUCAUCGUCGCAGGCGGUCAGUCCGCGUCAGCCCGGACCAGGAAGCUCCUCCUCCAAUCACAUUCCUUCGCAGCCGCAGUCGCAGAAUCUUCCGGGUCACAUUCCUUCACCGCAUCUGCCGUCCGCCGCCACCUCGGUGCACUAUCAUCAGCACCAGCAGCAGCAACACCAGCAACACCAGCAAUCGUCGCCUCUGCAGCAGCAGCAGCAGCAACAGCAGCAUCCUAGUCGUAUAAAUGCGUCGCCACACUCGCACGGUCCCUCGUAUGGAGGACGCGUAGUGUCGCUGCCAUCGCACGGCGUCCCAUCGUCGUCCUCCUCCGUCGCUAUGACUGCAAACCACUCGCAGCAACAGCAGAUGCCACCGCCUCCGAGUGGAUAUCAUGUAGGAACGACGCCGUCGCCGCAUCACGAGCCGUCGCCGCGUCACGCGACUCCGUCGCCACAUCACGCGACUCCGUCGCCACAGCGGCAGUCGCCCCACGUGUCUAGCCUGCACAAUCCGCACGCCUCCCCGUCUCCUCAUCAUACACCCUCGCCGCACAACAGUUUCCAGCCGCACUCGCCGACCUAUCCGCCACCGCCGCCUCCGCCGCUACCAUCGCAGCAACAGCAGCAGCAGCAGCAGCAGCAGCAGCAACAACAACAGCAACAGCAGUCAUCGGCUUCAUCGAGGUCGACACUACAUUCGUACACCUCGCAGCACUAUCAAACGAAUUACGUGGCGGCGGUUCGUGACGCGGCGAUGGGGUUGCCUUACGCACCGCCGCCACCGUCCCAGUCUUCGUACCAUUCCUUCCAGAAGAGCCCACAACCGGAGUCUCAGGGAAGUAGUUACUACUCCCAGCCGAGUCGGUCUCACGGUCAGCCAUACGGUAUGCAGCAGAUGCUGGUGCCGCCGCAGACGGUGUACCCCAGUACCUCCGGCAGCAACAGUAGCUACCAGCAAAACGCCAACAAACAUGCAACGUAUAACGGCGUGGAUACCACGAAGAGAGGCACGAUUGACGUCACGGCAACACCUUAUGGUACGCAUCGGUCGUCCACGCAGAGGAGCAGCAACACGCAUAACUUGCCGCCUAUUGCCUCCCUCUCGUCCUAUCAUUCCAACAGGCGAGAACCGUUGGGGAAACCGGCGCAGACGAUAGCGCGACAACGAAUGCAUCCGACGAACGCAACGAGCAAAGUCCCGUCUGUCGUGAUGCCGCCGACACCCUCGUCUAUGCCGAUCCUUCCUCAGAGGCGCGCCGAGUUCCUGGUAACUCCGGCCUCGACUAUGAACCACUCGAUACCAGUGAACGGUAGGACGACUACUGUGACAAAUAUAACGUAUGUCACGCGGCAUAGCAGUCAGCAAGGCUACCCAUCGUCAUCAUAUGCCACUACGAUGGCGCCUAGUCAUCAUGGUAACAACUCCACUAGUAGCACCACAGUGACCACUGUCAAUCAUGGUGGUUCAAGCGGUGCGAGGUCUUCCGCUCCAACGAUUCACGUGUAUCAGUCUUCCGACGAGCCGGAUCGGUCAGCGGGGUCGUCGUCCUAUCAUCCUCACCAUCAACCAUCGACACGAAUGACGACCGAGAGCUACGCUUACAAAGAAUAUCCUUCUUACCAGAAUUCGGCGUCGUCCGGCGGCAGUCAAGCGACCUCAGCCGCCGCCGUAACGAGUUCCCCAUCGCCGAGCAAUGCAGUCCGAAAGAGGGAAUCCCCUCUGGAUUUGUCCGUGAAAACGGUUAAGACGUCGGCGGAUUCCACGGCGCAGGACGACCUCGAGACCACCAGCACCGACAAGCACGUCAGUAGCUCGAGCCUGAGUACGUCCAGAAAUAAUGUGAACAGGCCGAUGCCACCUCCGGCUGUCAUGCAUCAAGCGGCACCGGCGCAACCGUCGUAUCCGUCGGCGUACGACCACAGGCCUUCGAGUAACAGUUCGAGGAAUUCCAUGCCCGUCACCUGCAUCCGAGCGUCGACGCCUCAAACGGUGUGCGCGCCCAAGGUCGACUUUCUACCGGACUUCACCUCGGCGCCGCUACGUCAUCAGUCGCAUCAUGAGAAUCCCCUUCGCAGAAGCACCACGCAGCAGCUUUACGUACCAUCCGCCCAGCCGCUCUCGUCCCAUCACACGAACACCUCUCCACUGCCUCAUAUGUCCACGUUCAAGAAGCGUCCACUGCCCACGUCGCCACUGUACGACGGCCUGACGAUACCACCGCCACCACCUUCGUCGUCGUCAUCGUCGACGUCUGCGUCUUCAUCGUACAUCCAGACGAAUGAUUCUGCGUCCUCGAGGUUCUCCAAGUAUCACUCGAUGAUGGAUCCAUCUCCGCGAUUCGGCCCGCCCACACUGCCCGCGCAAGAUUAUCCACCCGACUCGAGCAAGUACUAUUUAGCGGACAGCAGAGUCAAGUUCGACCAGCAAUUCCCUCAGCGCGAACGGAUGCCGUUUAAAAGGGCAGGAGAGCCGAUUUACGGCGUGGGGAACCCCAUGAAACAGCCCAGACUCGUUUGGCGAGUACCGAGUACCGAAAAGCAGGUUAGCGAGCCGAAACUGCCGGCCGCGGGUGCGCUGAACGAACAGCAGAAGCGGCAAGACAUGAACUUGUUGGUUCCUGUGCCGAACGGAGCUCUGGCGACAGCCGGCGCCCACGAUCAGAGAACCGACAGCGCCGGUUACUUGGCGCCGGAAUCGACCAGGUAUCAGUCGGCAUACUGUGAUAAAAGGUCCUACCCGGAGUCCAAAGUCAUACGCAGCUCAUCGUCGUCGUACAAUCACCCGGUGGUCUUGAAAUCCGCGAGUACACACUCGUUACCGCAACAGCUGUCCUAUCCGAAUUAUCGCCAGCCAGUUCAAAAGACAACGUGUUCCCCGAGCGGGAUGUCCGGCGGCCAACCGAUGGAUCAACCUAACAACACUGGUGCCGACAAGAGGGUGCUCAACUUGCUGAGAAGCAGCCUGGAGAACAAGCAACAGAGGGACGAACAGCUUAACAGCCAGCAGCCUAUCUUCAAUCACAGCCAGCAGAGUUUUCAGAAUAAGGUCGUCGCGCCAGUCGAGCCUAAGAGCAUCGGCAGGCACAAUCUGUCACCGUUCACCGCGGCGGGCUUGCUCGAGCGUAACAGCAACACGCCGCCGCAUUACAAGCUCCACGUUCCGCGAGCGGUAGACUCGAUCACUCAGGAGGUGCCACGCAGCAUGUACGCCUCGAGCGGGAAUGCAUCCGCCACGCUACCCGGCAAGGAAGACCUCGCGGGACCACGUGGCACCGAGAAUCAAAUACAUCGUGACAAGGACGACGGCAUCGCCGCUAUCAUAGCUGCGAAGAUCCGGACGAAGGCGGAACUGAAACAAGUCGGGACCGGCCAAUUUACAACGAAAGCCUCUUCCGUACCUCUUCAGGACGUGUCGUCGACGCCGAGAGAGAUCGACAGUGCGGCCUCGACAUCAACGCCGCAGUCUGGCUCGUCUGCGGGCAGCCCGCCGAAAUUAACACGAGAGAAGAUGGUCUGUCUACCGCCUAGAAGACGCUUGUUUUCCAGAACUGACGAGGACAGCAUACCGGUAGCGGCGACCGUGCCCGUGGCCGCUGUGGUCGCGUCCACGGUACCAGCCAGGGCAAGUGGGUGCAGGAGCUCCUCCGAAACGUCGGUCUUCGAUUUUCGGGAAAGUGACUCUGAAGGCGAGAUGCCAGUUCUCGAGCGGCAAACUUUGGAAGAAAUGAGAAGAGACAGGAAACAGUUGUCCAAAGUACAACCCCCGGUACCUCUCAAUGACGCUAUGUCUAUGAACAUGGCAUCCUCGACGGAUCUCGUGAAGAUAGAGCUGAAGGAGAAUGACAAAAUCAACGAUAUUGAUCCAUUUUGGAGUAACACCUGUGAUAAAUUUAUGGAGCAGUUACGUUCGGGUGAUUCCGCGAAGAAACGGGGGCGUAGAAAAAAAGUGAGCGGUAACGCAAUGUCGAAGCUUGAAGACACAGCUAACGAUAGCGACAAGGAAUCGGAUACCAAUGCGUCGCAUUCUCAAAUUAAGCCCGAAAACAUCAAGAAGGAAAUACCGGAUCCGUCUAGUAAGGAAGAUAAAAAUUCGGUCUUCAAGGACAUUAAGAUCAAGACGGAACCUGGACUGACGAAAGAGGAUGAUAAACACUCAAGCGACGAUUCAGAUGAAGUGCCGUUAAUUAAAAGAACAAGGCAGGAAAUAAAGAAGGAAGAUAGUGAUUGCGACGAGGAAGUGAUAUGCCGAAGAAGACGGGUCCGUCGCGGCGGCAGAAUCAAACUCGAAUCUUCUAGUGGCAGCGAAUCCUCGAGCGAGGAAAGCGAUGUCAGUACCGAGUUCGGCCACGGUUCCACAGUGGCUGACAGACUUCGUGCUAGGAAACGAACUAUGGUUAACGUGUCGGAAGGUAUGAAGCUUCGUUCAAGGGACACUACUCCGCAUAAGGCAAAGACGGAAAAGGAGUCGAAAUUGUCGCCCCCCAAAGGUGGAACAUCCCAAAAAGCGAAACCGAAGCCAUUAUUUGGCGACGGUAGCGAUUUCAGACCCGGUUGGGAAGAGGAGGUUUACGUAUACAAGAAGUCUCUAAGAAUGCCACCCAGAUUGAUAACAGUGUCAAAACCAUCGCGCUUUCACCGACUGUCCACGUCGUUGCCAGACUUAGAUCCCGGCUCGCCGGCAUUGUCCGUCUCGAUGGACAGUUCCGACAUGUGUCUGAGUCGUAAUAAGAGAGACAGCGACAUGGAGUCCAAUUACAGUUUCAGCAUCACGGGACUCGGCAGUAAGAUUGACGACGAGGAGGCGACCUCGUCGACUACAGUUUCCUGCCCUCCGAAAGCUAUGAUGAAACAUUUCCGAUCGGAGAACAAUUCUAUCGUCGACGUUCUCGCGCAGAAAGUUGGAAGUGGUGGUGGUCAGAAGGACUCGAAGAAGAGGCAGAAUCCGAAAAGUAAUAAGAGCAGUAACAUUAAUAAGAGCAAUAACGAGCCGGAACUUUUACCAACGCCAGGUCUCACACCACUUCUGUCGUCCGAGACAUUGAAGAACUCUAAGAACAGGGUCGCACCGAAGAAUAAUAGGAACCCGAUUAAAGUUACUAACUCCGUCCUCCUCGGUUAUUUCCGCAAAGAGACGGUCAAUAAUUUCCGCGAGGCGUUCAAGAAUAAUCACACGUUGCCCAAUAAAUUCUCCACUCUGGUAUUGAAGAGCCGAACAAGAACGGAGACGAAAGUCCUGAAGAAAGAGACGACUAUUCGUGAAGUAUUUGGCGAGGAUAGACCCGCAUCAGCCCCGCCGAUGCAAAAUCACGAUGACACAUCACAGGACGACGAUUCACAGAACGAAACGCCGGAGAAUGCAUUGGGCAAGGUACGAACGUUGAAGCAAAAAGUGGUGUCCCGUUUGAGGAGUGCUGGUAUAUUACGAAGUCACAAGACGAUUGUGAACUCGAAACGCCGUUUGUUAACCGUCGAGAGGCGAAAGGAUCUAUUCAAGUCGCUCACUAACAAGAAAUUACGUCGUAUCAAUACCGAGAUAGAGCAGGAAGAGACGAACGAUGCUAGAGAGGAGGAAAAUAAUGAGAUGGAGGAUGACAAGAACGAUUUGGAGAUUCGUAACAAAAAGAAGUUGAAGCUUCGACCUGGCCGACGGAAAUUCCGUUCUGGAUUCGACUAUAUUCGUAAGAAGAAGAAGCCACUGAAGAAAGACGAGGCGUUGCCGAAGGAAAGGAAGAGACAAAGUCAAGCUAGCAAACCAAGCCCAGAGUGCGUAGCCGAUAUUCAGUCUGAGAUCAGAACGUGGGUUAUCAAAAAGGGCGUCGGAGAAACCAUAUUACAUCGUGCUGCUCGUCUCGGUUACACGGACGUGACUGCUUAUUGUCUGGAGAAGCUCAAUAGCGCGCCGAGUCCCAAAGACAACGCGGGAUACACACCGCUUCAUGAGGCGUGCUCCAAGGGUCAUCUAGAAAUCGCGAAACUCUUGCUGGCUUACGGCGCAAACGUUAGCGAGAGUGCUAACGGUGGCAUCAGGCCACUUCAUGAAGCGGCAGAGAAUGGUGUUACGGAGCUUGUGCGAUUACUGUUGUCGUACGGUGCCGACCCAUUGUUGGCUACUUAUUCCGGACAAACGCCUUUGAUGCUAGCUACUGACACCGAAGCUAAUUCCAUUCUAGAACAGCAUCUGGCUGACAUCCAAGGUCGUACCACUGUACCAUGGUCAUUCGCCGGUCCAUCUUCUAUUUUCGAUCCAGAAGAAACAGGUUACAAUCCGCUCGAUGAUGCUCCGUUGGACAGUCCUGAAUCAGAGCUAGAUGAUAUCGAAAUGGAAGUAAGCGACAUCAACUUGCCUGCCCUUUUCACUCUGAACAACGAUCCCGACAAGUGGGUGCUGCUUCAAGAUCUCAUAGCGAUUUUGAGGAUAAAGAGUCGCGAUGCUCUUCUCCGUCAAAUUAAUCCGAAAGCUCAUUCUGGGCCGCCUGCGAUCGCGCAUCGUGACAUUAUGCGUGAGCUAAAGCUGCCAGAUUUUCUGGAGCAGUCUCGUUGCUGUCACCUGCUGAGCGGCGGCGAAAGGAUUAAUGUACGUGGUUCCAAGGUCACUCUUAUCAAGUACAACGACAAGGUGAAGUCCCUGCUGAACGUGGAGAAAGUGCUGAUUAGCCUUAGGUGACAAGAGGCGUCUCUGGGGCGAUCAUCUCCCCAGGCAUCGAAACCAUCGACUUCGAUUCCGGCCAAGGAACAGCAGAAGAAAGUUGAGGGCAAAACUACUAUGAAACGCGAGCGGCAACAAGGUAGAAAGCGACAAGAGACUCGUAACAAAAAUUCCACGGACUGAGCGGCUCAUUCUGUAGCUGAUGAUUUAUCGAAAUACAAUAAAAAUUCUAAAAAUUGACGAUUUAAGAAUUAUCGCUGAAAAAUAACUAAUGUUAUGAACCAGGUCAUUUUGGUAACUGUUUCACGACGCGUUAAAAAAAAUAAGGAAGAAAAAGGAACAGGUUCUUUUAAUAUAUAGAAAGAAUACUAAAUGACUGAUGAAAAUCUGUUUGUCUGGAAAGUUCGUCCCUGAAGAUAGAAAGACUGAUCAACACAAUAAUGAAGAUCGGUGCUUUUACGUGUAUCUAAAGACUGACUUCUCGAUUUGUCUUAUGCUUCGAAGGUAAAUCGAAUUAAUUGCUGAUUGAACACUGAUCGAACUGAUCGAAUUGAUUUUCUCUUCUCGAUCUCUUAUAGUGCAGAAUAUAAUGAAAUGGAGCUUGACUAAAGUGAUAAGAGAUACGCACAUAAUCGGUUCCGUUCCUUCAUUCAAGUGAUGAAUUUAUCAAUCGAAAUAAAGAAAGUCGGUAAUACACCGAUAUUCUGCCGGGAGCGUAAUGCGCAAUUAAACUAACUUCGAAGCACAUAGCUGUGUAAAUGUAGUUUUAACAAAACUAUUGUCUACUAUUUAAUGCGCAGCUAAGAGUGGGGAAACAGCUACCUGUGACAUUAUAUAGCAGUAUUUAAUUGGGAUAUAUACGUAAUAUACCCAUAGAAUGAGGGAUAUUUUAUUAAUUCUCUUAAGGACUGAGUAAAUAAUCAGAAGUUCGUUAACGUAACGCUUUUAGGUGAUUGAAAAGAGGGAAACGUGUUGUUCGGGGCGAUCACGACGAUGGGAAAAUGAUGAGUCUUUGACAGUAGAUUUCUCUCUCAAUUGUCGAACCAAGUUUCGGAAUAGUAAUAAAAAUAAUAAUAACGUAAAUAGAGUAAUAAUUAUUUUAGGAGUGCGAGAAAACAUAGCGCGCACGCGCGCUGUCGUACCAGAUAUAUUUUUAUCUCGCACGUGGCUUCAAGAAAUUUCUCCGAUUUUAGGGGGCUUCACUCCGGGAUUCGUGGAAUUGGAACGAGCGCCCAUGCGCGUUAAUAUUAGCUUUUCCUCUUUGAGCUACUACAGAACACGUCGUUAGAAGAUGAGAAUCGACGUUAAGAGAGCGUAACAUAAUUGAAAUUGCUAUCGCGAAUGAUAAUGUUACCACAGUUUAGUCUUUGUUUUUCCUUACGUUAGAGAAGAAUUGUACAUUAUACUGUGCACGUUAUAUUUAUAACAUGUGUUAAUUGACCAUUGCGAAUAGGUGCUUUGAAACGCGAAGUGAAUUGAAUUUCAAUUCAUUGAGUCCGGAAUAAUAUUUGACCCAUUGAGGAGACACCGUCACACGUAUAAAGGUGCAUAUCUGUUGUCUAGUUCUAUUUUUAGUAUUUCGCUAUUUUUACUAUUGUAAUACACAGGAUGUUCGAAAAAGGUGAUACCAAAUUUUAGGAAUAUUCAUGAAAACAAGCAAAAAACUCUUAAUAAGUAGUUGAGUACUUUGACGAUUCAAUAAGUCAACUCCUUCCAGAAAAAAAAACCCACGCUGAUAAACGCAGAUACUGGAAGGGACUUGAGGUCCAGGAGUGGACUGAGAUAGAAUAUUCUAUCAAUUGGCUGAGAAAGAAAGUCGAAUAUUAUUCAAUAAAUGAUAUUUAAAUGCAAUUUACUUUUUACUUGACGCAUUUUCUGUUAUCAAAAUAGAUAAAGACUAAAUUUAGUUUAUAAAAUUAAUUUAUCUGGUACAGAUAUUCAAUGUGUCCGGGCGUACAUUAUAUGAGAUGCUCGUAAAUGAAUGAUAUCACUAUAAGAAUUACAAAAAUGCUUUCUAACUUUGAAAUAAAUGAUUUCUGAAGUCCCGCAUACUUAGUAAGACACUCUCUGGUUUGUUUUCACGAGUACUACUUACGCAUAAAAUUGGAUUUCCAUCUUUUUGAACACUGUACAAUUAUACAUGUAUAUUUAUAUAUGUGUAUGCGUACACGCAUAUAUAAAUAUAUAUAUAUAUAUAUAUUAUGACGAGCUAUAUUUGUACACAUAUAAGUGUAUGUAUGUACCAUAUACGUACACCUAUACGUAUAGAUACAAAAAAUCGACUUUUAAUUUAUAUUUGUGAAGCUCUUCGUUUUGUACAGCUUCCAAUGUAGCGACUUAAUUUUAAUUCGGAUAAAAGGAUAGCCUCAACAGGUGUCAAUGGCUCAACUCUUGUAAUGUGGGAAGUGCAAUUCGCGGAAUAACAUUUUCGUUUCGUUGAUGGUCUAAGUACACGGUUAUUAUUUAGGAGUUUAGGGAAGGUAGAUAAUUAUUUCGCGAAGGAGUAAAGCGGCCGGAAAACGCUGCUUAAAAACGCUCACGUGCAAUAAUAUAUCCGUUUUUACACUUUAUCUUCAAGUUAUUUCUAUAUUCUUGCGACCGUGUCAGGAUAAUGUUAGCACGUCAUAUCGGCAAUCGGAUGCUCGCUAAGAAAAUAAUUUGUAAAAUGGAAAAGAGAAUGCAAUUAAUAAUAAAAUGUAGUAAAACUCGAAGGAAGAGUGCAAUUGAAAAAUCUAAUGAAAAAUACUACAUUUUAUAUUGUGAUUAAUUCGAUAUACGGAAUUCUAUACGGGAUAAAGUACGGGAUACAGAUAAAUCCGCGAGCAACGAUCACUAAAGCGACGCCGCGUUUGAUCGAAGCAAUUUAGGAACGGAAAUUUUAUAAUAAGAGGUGAGAGGAGUUAUUUUAAACUUGGACAGAACCAUUUCGGGGAGGGACGUAUCGUUUGUACUUACUCGCGACGUUUCUGCGUUGAUUUUCAGAUGAAGAUAUUUAAGCGUAUGUAUUAGGGUACGUUUAUGAAGCGAGGCGAAAGGAAAAAAAGAAAAGGGGGACGCGCGGGAUAGUUCAGUUUCGCUUAGGAUGCUGUAAUACGCGUUUUACUUUGGCGUCGUGUGUAGCACAGAGGUUUCAAUCGUUAUAAUCAGUCUCAGGGAAAAAUCCACGUGUAUUCUUGGAAGUAACACUUGACGGUGUACCGACUACAGAUGCGUGUGUGCGUGCGAGCGACGCGUAUCGAUGCAUAUGCGUGUACAGUAGCUAGUUGAAGAAGAAAAGAUGAUUCUCCUGUUGCGAGGGAUAAUUAUUAAAAAUAUCUAAUUAAUAUUGAGUGAUAUUAAUUAAUGUUAAUACGAGACGUCGAUCUGUCGCGCAAGCGACGGCGCGUGGCGCUCGGGCGACUCCUUAUAAUUUUUAUUUAGCUGACGAUAUCGAGUGGAUAGGGUUGCAUUAUACCGAUUGUACAUACCGAUAUACAUAUUUUCAAUAAGGGGAAAAAAAACGAAAUAAAGAGAGGAAUUACUUUUCUCUCUGACAGAACGACAGGAAACCGUGGUGUACGUACUGUAUGUAUCUUUUAUUCUUUAAGUAGUUAAAAUGUAGAUUGCGGUACUUGUUUAUAUUAGCGUAUACUAUUUGUGUAUAAUAUAAAGCAUUAACCGGCGAGAUAGUCACGUUGUGCGACAUGAGAUAAACUAAGUAUGUAUAUAUGUCACGUUGCGACUAUUAGAAAUAUUAUUUACUACUAUUACUACUAUUGCUACUAUCACUACCGCGACUAUUAGCUAUUACUGUCACUACUGCUGCUGCUGCUACUACUGCUACUGUUAUCAUCUACGAUUACGCGCUUUUUUAUUGUACCAUAUAUACAUAGUAGUUAAACGAUGGAUGUACAUUUUCUCUCUUAGUCGUGUAACAUUCACACAACGCCUCUCCCUUCUAUUGCCCCCCCCCUUGUAUUUAUACAUUCAAGAAAACUUCUAAAUGUGUUAAUGCUGCUGCUUUAAUGCGGAUAAAGAACAGAAGUUAUAUAUAAAUAUAUAAAACAUAUAUAUGUAUAUAUAUAUUAUAUAUAUGAACACAAAUAUAUA